UUUCCAUGAGCGAGUGUCUUCUGCUGCUGAUCCUGUCACUUAUAUCAGCUGUUGUAAACAUGGCCUCCGUCCGGCUGUUCUCCCUCGGCAGAAAUGCCAGCCUUCCCCUACUGAGGUCCUGUGUCCCCGCAGCAGCACAGACACGCUCCUGCUACAAAUAUGUCACUCCCGAGGACCCCAGCAUGGAAUGGAAGGACAUCACUGACCGAGCAGCUGGCUCCAUAUUUUGGACUGAGCUUUUCAGAGGUGCUGCUGUCACCUUGGGCCACAUCUUUAAGGAACCAGCAACCAUCAAUUAUCCCUUUGAGAAGGGACCGCUCAGUCCAAGGUUCCGUGGAGAGCACGCCCUCCGCCGCUAUCCAUCUGGGGAGGAACGAUGCAUUGCCUGCAAGCUGUGUGAGGCCAUCUGCCCUGCACAGGCAAUCACCAUUGAAGCUGAGGAGCGUGCAGAUGGGGCGAGGAGGACCACCCGAUAUGACAUUGACAUGACUAAAUGCAUCUAUUGUGGAUUCUGCCAGGAAGCGUGUCCAGUUGAUGCCAUUGUGGAGGGUCCCAACUUUGAGUUUUCCACUGAAACUCAUGAGGAGCUGCUGUACAACAAGGAGAAGCUGCUCAGUAAUGGGGACAAGUGGGAGCCAGAGAUUGCUGCCAACCUGCAGGCUGACCACCUCUACCGAUAGACUGUAGACUCUCACAACACUGUCCAGCGUUGGUUUUUGUAUGGGUCAUUUGUCCAGCUCAGUAACUCCUUUGCUUCAAGCCAUAUGGCUGUGUACUGGGAUGGUAUACAGUUUGCUGAGUCUGUUUCUUGAAAUACCAAAAGGUGAAGUUUAUAAAUUUUCCUGAUAACAUUACUUCACAGGAAGAAAUCAUACAAGCAGUUUGUCAUCUUGUAUAUCAAGAAAUGUAAUAUUAAGAGGAUUCAGGAUGAAGACAUGUUGAUGAGCAGUGGAGCUGUGGACUGGACCAGUGACAGUGUUACCUUAAGUGUAGAUAUUUACUGUAAAUAAAAAUUACAAUGUU